AUGGGACGAUUAUUGAUUGGAACUGAGGACCGAACAGGACUGAACUGUACUACGCCUUUUGACGAAAUCGUCUGCAGCUCAGCAGACAGCGGCAAAUUGACCUACUGGUACGGCAAGCACCAACUCUUCACCACCCUCUCCCAGCCCAUAUUCAUCGUCAACCUCAACUCCGCAAAUGACAAUAUAUCCUACCCAUGCGCCCUCCCACCCCGUUUCGCCGCCUUGAACAUGGCCAUGAUAUCAUUAGCCGAAGACUACAGCCUCGUUGGAUUCAAAACUCUCGCAGUCGAGGACAAAACCUCAAUGAUCAAUCUCACCUGCGUCAUCAACCGUGCAACAAGGUACAGCUACAUCACUCCUCCCUCCUCAAAUCCACCCCAUGGUACUCUCAACGACACCGCCGCACCUCCAUCCAUCUGCGCAAACACGUCUGCGCUCUUCUCAAGCGCUGUGGGGGAGAUGAAGGGGAUACGAAGUGACGUUAGGGACAUCCAGGAACGGUGGCUUGAUGCGUUUGAGAGGGAGUGGAGGAAGGAGGGUGAGGCAGGUCGUGCUAGGAUACGAGAGCGGAAGGGAGGAUGUUGGAAUUGA